UCGUCUCUGUUGCCCCACCCCAGUUAUGCAACUGCCCGCUGUUCUACUUCUCUUGUAACAUUUUCUUGAGUAGUUUGAUGUCAAUGAAAGGUCUUGGCUAAAUAUGGUCUUCUAAAGAAUGGGUACUGCACAGAGCAGCUUUUCCCUUGCACACCCCUGUCACUAAUGUGCUGUGGCUUUUGGGGCAAGGAACAGAGAGGCAGAUGUAUAAAUCAGUAGCAUUUAGAGACAACUCCAAGUAGAGAAAUGCUGACCAAGCUCAGGCCCUUCUGUGCUAGACCCCAUGUGUCUGGAAAAUGAGGCCAUCAGAGGUAGGGAGAACAGGCACCAUGGUCCCAUUAUGCAUUUGGGGAAGCAGGAUGGAGAAACGCAACUUAUCUGAGACGACCUGCCAAAUUAAGCCUAGGACCUAGCCCAGUGCAGUAGACCACAUUGUUCCCAGUCUCCUCAAGAGCCAAGAAACCAGCAGUGGGGUAUCUGGUGACUCCAUCCACUCAACUGGACUGAGAUUCCACAAAACUCAUUUGAUACAUGCUUUAGCCAUCAGUUGCCAAUGGCAUCCAGUCCAUCCUGGCUUGGCCCCAGCAGGCUCAAAUCCAGACUGUCUAGUGACCAGCUCAGCUGAGUUCUCUCUCCUCCAGAAGGCUAGGCACUUGCCACCAAGCCAGCAAGCACUUUGCAGGCCUGUUACAGGGUAAGGCUGCAUACGUGGCUGAACUUGCAGUAAAGCAGCCAUCAACAUAUCUAACAGAAGACAGGAUAACCAGCCUCCUCUAUCUGGUGGAGAGGUGGUCCUCGGGGAAUGGAGGACUUGGCAGUAUCCUCUGCAGUGGGGGUGGCUUGCUUAAAUGGAUUUUCUUUUGGAAUACAUUUGCUGCAUAAACUGUCCUAAAAAUAAUGCUUUUGGCAUGAAGCGACUUCCCCUGCUGUUGUGCACAAGUUUUUCAUGAGACUUCAGAGGGGAAAUGUUAGGGCUGGGAAUUCCAAGGAAGGAUCUGGGGGUCCAUGAAUGUUUCCUGUCCCUCCUUCAUUCCACGUAGAACAUCUCUGGGCAUUUCUCUCUGGUGCCUCUUGUGACCCAUGAUUGCUGGCUGUAGCAACAAGAAAACCAGGUCUUGUAGCAGGUCUGGUACAUGGGCUGUAAAGCCAGGAAAUGGUCCUGUAGCGAAUGUCCUGACCUAAAGAUGUGGGUUCAAAGGCUGUUCUGCCUCCGAUAAUGUGCAGCUUUAAUUAAAUUUAGUCUGUAAAAUUGGGAUAACCUUUUUUGCCUUCUGGGGGGAAAUGCAUUAGUAGUUUUUGAGGCCCUUUGGGAUGCAUGGCCUCAAGUGUAACACCCACUCCAAGGGACUGAUGUUUAUUAUCACUUCCUGAUCCAGUGUAGUCAAAGUGAGAAAGGGCAGGGUGGGCAGAGAGCAAUUCUGACACUUUCAGUUCCAGUUCAAGAUCAAAGCCAGUCAGUUUGCUGUUGUGGUGAGUGAUUCUCUGAGGGGUUAAAGAGAAGCCUGUUUUGUUUUUUGUGCCUUGAGGACUGAACUUUCUGAUUCUUCCCAGGUGUCAAACCACUUUCCCUCUGGAGCCCCAUGUAAUCAAGGGUUAAAUCUGACUAGAUCUAAACUAAAGUAUUGCUGGAAAAUUUUCUUUCCUCCUUAGGGGCCACUUGAUGGCUUGGUGGGGGAAGGGCUGGAAAAGAGAGCCAAGCACUGGGGCCUUGCUGGUUUAAGGUUUCCAGCAUUAGGUUUGUAGCUGACGGUGCUGUUCAGUAACAAAGCGCUAGCCGGUAAAAAGUGGUUCAGCACUGCAAUGCUUGUAGAAAGCCCAUGUAUGGUCAUGCUCCAGCAGUGCGGAGAAGGCAGGGGGAAGCUGGGCUAGGGUGGGCUGUGGCUUUUUGAUGCACUAAAUCUCCUCCGUGGUUUUUUAAUUUUGUCAGAAUACCUUCUCGUGGGCUAUUUGAACCCAGUUUCCAAGCCAACAGAGCCCCUGCUGAGGCCUCUCUCUCAUCAGGGACUCUGUGCACAGGCGUAGUUAGGAACCUAUCUGGAAGCCCCACCCUCCUUCCAUUGACGGGCCACUUCCAGGCCCUGGAUCUAACCCUGUUUCUUGCCACUCUGUACAGUGGAUAGGUGGCAGUUCUCCAACUGUCCAGACUUGGUGCCUGCUCCCUGUUCUGGGGGAAUAGCUGUCUUGUUACUUCCUGUCUGGGUUGGGAGGAAGAGGAAUGUGUCUUUGCUUCAGACCAAAUAAAAGCUGUAAAGCACAGUUCCAGUAGAGAGAGUAAAACAGCUACCAGGUUCAGGGACAGGAUGUGCUUGAGAGAUCCUCUUAGUUAGGGCUGCCUUCUUCCUUGUCCUCAGCCAGGUACCUGAGCCUUGCUGUUAAUCUAUCGCAGAUGUGUCAAGGUAAGUGGUACAGGGUGGAUAAGGCCCAUGAAUCCCUCCCCCUCUAUACAUGAUCCCAGGACCACGCUGCACACACUGCUCACAAGCGCUACUUGCAGCCUGGGCCCUGUAGCUGCUGGUGUGGGUACUGUAAGUGCAGUAUGGAUGCCACUCUGGCCAGGCUGUGGCACCUGUUUUUUCCACUUUGGGCCCUGCGCCCAGACCAACUGGAGCAGCCUCCAAAUCAGGUAUGCUAAGGGAAAAAGGAGAGGGGUCCAUGGGCCCAGUCUGGCCCACAGACUGGCCCUGCAUCAUGGGUACAUGCCAUGCCCCAUGUAGAUCUGGUCAGACUCGCAGGAAGCUCUGAGGGCUGGAUGGCAGGACUCCACGGGCAAAAUAUUUGAUAACCCUGCUCUAUAGGACUCUCAGCUGCAAUCAUUGGUAUUGGCUUGCAGUACCAGACCAGGACCCCUGGCUUUGAAGCCUUAAACCUUGGUCUGACUAAACUGCAGAAACUUGGGAAGGGAGUUGAGGGGGACCAGACCAGUGCCUGCUCACUGACUUGGAGGCCAUCCUGAUGCUCUUAGAUCUGUGCUGUAAUUACAAGGCUCAGGGUAGUAUAGUGAUGGUUAGGGAGCAGAGCCAGGUGGCAUCAUGGGCUGCAGAGGUCUUGGUGUAAACAGCAGGUCCCCAUGGCCAGUACAAUGCUGGUGCUCCCAAUGCAGGGCCUGACAAGUGCAACAUCCUGGUGUUUCUGAUUUCAGAGCUCUGAGGAGUCAGUGCUGCUCCAUGCAGAGCUGAGGGAGGGCUCUUGGCUGCCUCUGGCUUAGAGGUGACCACAUGUUCCUGGGUUGUGAGCAGCUUUGCUCACUUUGGGCUGAUUUGUUCUUUCUCAUACUCUUGGGUUGGGACCAAAAAGUGACUUGCAUGGGAGCUGCCUGUUAAAGCUGUGGCACCUAGGGGUGGGAGCUCUGUUGUGGUAGUGGCUGUAGUUUCUGCCUUGAGAGAGUUGGUGUCUAUUACUUGCUGCCCCCACCUGUGCUUUGAGCUGUUCUUAAGGCAUCGUGGUGGAGAUCUGCACAGAGUGGCAGGGAGCUGCCUGGCUUUGGUUGGGAAGAGGGUUCUGUGCAUGAUGGGUAGUGGGAUGUCUGGGAAGCUGAGGCCUGCACAGGCAAAGCUGGUGUCACUGCUAGGAAGGAGGGCUGGUAAGAGGUGAAUGGGUAGGGAGGAAUGGAGUCACAAAGGGUCUUGAAGGGGUUUUGAGGGCUGUUCUACAGAGAUGCCCAAACACCCUUGCAGUGGUGGUAAACCUGCCUGUUCUUGGCCUGACUGGGUCGAUGUUAAACUUUAGAUACUUCCUCACAGGUUGGGGUCCUUUUCUACUGACUCUUCUCUUGUCUCCUUUUCCCCUAGACUGGAGGAGGUGCCGCUGGAGGUAUUGAGGCAGAGGGAGUCCAAGUGGCUGGACAUGCUCAAUAACUGGGACAAGUGGAUGGCCAAGAAGCACAAGAAGAUCCGGCUGCGCUGUCAGAAGGGGAUCCCGCCUUCUCUGCGGGGCCGGGCAUGGCAGUACCUCUCAGGAAGCAAGGUCAAGCUGGAGCAGAAUAUUAACAAGUUUGACGAGCUGGAUCUUUUGCCAGGGGAACCCAAGUGGCUGGAUGUGAUCGAGCGGGAUCUCCAUAGGCAGUUUCCAUUCCAUGAAAUGUUCGUUUCACGGGGAGGCUAUGGGCAGCAAGACUUGUUCCGGGUGCUGAAAGCUUAUACGCUGUACCGGCCGGAGGAGGGCUACUGCCAAGCCCAAGCGCCCAUCGCAGCUGUCCUGCUCAUGCACAUGCCUGCUGAGCAAGCAUUCUGGUGCCUCGUGCAGAUCUGUGAGAAGUACCUUCCUGGCUACUACAGUGAGAAACUGGAGGCAAUCCAGCUAGAUGGGGAGAUCCUCUUCUCGCUGCUGCAUAGAGUCUCUCCUGUGGCCCACAAGCAUCUGAGCAAGCAGAAGAUUGACCCAAUCCUCUACAUGACGGAGUGGUUCAUGUGUGCAUUCUCCAGGACUCUGCCCUGGAGCUCUGUCCUGCGUGUCUGGGACAUGUUCUUCUGCGAAGGGGUGAAGAUCAUAUUCCGGGUUGGCCUGGUCCUGCUUAAACACACGCUUGGCUCCUCUGAGAAGCUCAAGUCCUGCCAGGGACAGUAUGAAACCAUGGAGAGGCUGCGGACUCUGAACCCCAAGAUCAUGCAGGAGACUUUCCUGGUGCAAGAGAUCAUAGAGCUGCCAGUGACAGAGCGGCACAUUGAACGUGAGCACCUGAUCCAGCUGAAGAAGUGGAAGGAGACUCAUGGGGAGCUACAGUAUAAGUCUCCCCCACGUUUGCAUGGGGCUAAGGCCAUCAGCGAGGCGGAGCCACACUCCCACCAGGCCCUGGGGUCCAGGCCUUCCAUCAUCCUGCCAACCGAUGCCCUGGUCCCAUCCAAGGGCAACAAGAAUAAGCUGCAGAAAGAAAAGAAACAGGACAAAGGGAAAGACAGCCCCGGCAAUGGGCUUAUCCCUAAGGAGAAUGGCACCCCUGCCUCCCCCGAGCCCCAGACUCUGCUGAAGCAUCCUGAGGCCUCCCCACAUCACCAGUCAAAGGAGAGCCUGACCUCCCGGGAGAGCGAGGACACCUACUUGUAACGGGGAUCUAAGCACAUUUUGUGAACACCUGCCUGAGGGUCUGGGUACACUGUGCCACAGACCAAGAGAAAAUAUACGUUCCCUGCAGCAGCCAAGGGAGGGAUGGGGGGGUUGUGCAGGGACCCUGGGGGCCUCUUCUGCCACUGGUGGGACACGGGUCUCUAGGCACGAGGAGACUUUUUUUUUUUUUUCCUUUCUUUUGAGUCUUGAGCUUUUCUAUUUAUUGUCUGGCAGGGUGGGAGGUGGGGCAGUGUUGGUGCAGCUUGCUUGGUAGGGGCUGCUCAGGUCUCUAAACAAAGGGCUAUAAAGUUGUAAGCAUCUGCCCUAGAGAGCCCUGCAAACUACCACCUCCUGCAGGGAAGUGCCGAUCUCUGCUGGAUUCUGUGCAGCCACUGGUUUGGUCCCAGGGGCUUUGCAUUGGCUGCUCUGCCAAGGAGCUGGCUGACAUGUUUGAAAUGAAGCUCGUGACUCAACCAGAGCCAAGGAUGGGGCAGAAUCACUCUGGGUCUUGGGGCCUGCAGCACAUGGCACCUCAGGGAUGAGGGGCUUGAGAAGGAGUGCACAGCAGGGUUGGGCUCCUGGCUGUGCCUGGAUGCUGCUUCCUUCCCCCUUAGGCUGAGCAUUUGGCUCCUUCCCCUAUAAACAGACAAACCUCUCCUCUGAGCUGGCUUCUCUCUCUGGUGAAGAUGCCUCUAAUGGUCACAGCUACCUGGGACUCUGGGGAAAUUUUGUCUUGGUUAGUCCAGUCCUGGAACAGAGGCUGGAUUGGAGCAGUGUGUACUUGAGGGUCUAGAAGGAGCUACUCGGGGCCCUGGAGCUGCAUGCAACAUUUUGGGCUACCUUUGGGAGCACCGAAGCAUCUGUGUUCCUUUCACCUUUUCCAGCUCUGUAUUGCAGGAUCUGCUUUGUAUUAUCCAAAUGUAUGAGCUGGAAAGACUCUCCCAGCCCUGGGAAAGACAAGUUUGUCAGGAGUUCUGUAAAGAUGGAGAGGAGGGAAGAAACAAAGCAAUGCCCCAUUUCCCUCCCCUACUUCUCCAUUGACAUAGUGAGGGUGUAUUAAGCUAUAUCUGAACAUUUAACACUGAAUUUAUAUAUGUCAAGGAGCUAUUUAUUUUUUUUCUUAUGAUAACUAAAAAAUCCCCUGUCCUUUGUAUUGUCUGAGUUUGUGUCCUCUAUAGACGCAGUGCAAGGACCAUAUAUAGUCAUGAGAGCAAGGGCUCUUCAGUCCCUGUGUAAAAGCAGUGUUUGAAUUGGUCACAAGUAUGGUGCUUUGUUUUUGUUGGGGCUAGCCCUUCCCAAGAACACUAAUAUUACUUUCAGCUCAGCCACCAGGGUAGAUUAGUCUGAGCAGAGCAGUGCUGGCUGGGGUCCUGUUCACACCAGGAGUGCUGUUCCCUGUGUGGCAUGCCAUAUGCUGUGCUGGCAGUGCUGUUCCUGUGUGUGCAGCUUAACUGCCAAAGCUAGGUUUUGUCCUGCUGUAGCAGACUUCCACCUUUUCCCAGCAAAGAAGCUUUUUCUGUGGUUGUGACCUCUAUACUAGAGGCUUCUUCCACACCCACUCUGCACAUGACUUCUCUUUGCACCCCUGCCCCAUAGGGCUGUCAGCCCAAGACUGCAGCACAGGUGCUGCGUGAGCUGCAGCACCACCUGUCUGUUGAACCCCCUGAACUUGGGAAACGCAUGCAUGUUUGCUGAUGUAUCUGUUUUUGGGGGUGGGAGGGAGCAUGAAUGCUGCCCAUGGUAUACCCCAAGCUUCUGUCCUCUUGCCCUCCUGCAGCCCUAGCUUGACCCCAGCAGGCUCCUGCCUGGUGUUUGGGAUUUGCUUUCCCUAGUCUGCAUCCAUGAUUCAGCUUGCCUCAGUGCAGCCCCUAGUAAAGUCAAGCUUGGGGAGCCCCUUAUUUUCUUGGCAAAGGAGAAGAGGCAGGAACACAUACGUUUACAGUUUGUUUCGUUAAUUAGUUGCCAGCUGAGAGGAGUGGUGUCUAGGAACCUCCUUUCAAUGCCCUUUCCUCCUUGGGUUGCAUCUCCACCCUCCCUGAAGGUGGCUGCUUCUUAUGCAUUCCAAAGUGCAGGUGGGGAGCCUGGACACUGACUGGCCAGGGGGAGGGAGCAGCACAAGGUUUUCCCCAGAGCUGGGGAGCUAAGUGAGUGUCUCUGGUUGUCUCCUUCCCUGCCCCAGCCAUGUUACACAGUGCAACCCCCUGGAAGGAAUUUUCUUGUGUAAAAUAAAUCAGUAAAUAAUAAAGUUGAAAUGGUUUUGUACAGAGAAUAAACAAGCUGGGAUUCUGU